AAUUAAUAGAGAUGUUGAUACACCAUUAUAUUAUAUUAUCCACUACAUGAUGGCUUUAAACGUGAUCUCGAUCAUUGUUAUCCAUGUUUUAUAAUCACAUUACUUGUUGGAAAUGUUAAUACUGUAUAUAUGUAUAUUUUUAAAGGGAAUUCUCCUUAUCUUAAAUCCUGUUAAAUUGACACUGUGAUGAUGUUAUCAGAAGACGUUAUUCGCAAACAGUCGCAUUGCUUAUCUUACUUGUAAUCUUAAUCAUAAUAUAGUCAUCAGGAGAUUUAUUUCACCUUAUUUUCCUCCAAAACACCAUUAAAUUGGUCGAAUAAUUUUUUUUUAUUCGACUUGUUAGUACUUCAUAUUUUUCUUGUUAAGUGUUGUACCUACGUGAUUACCUUUUAUCCCCGCAAAUAAUAAGUGAGAGCAUAGCUGAAAAUGCCCGAAUGCCUUAGUCGAACGAAGUCAAUUACCAACUCUUCUGACUACUGAGAUGCAAAUAGCUGUGUACAGACCACAGUCAAUCUGAUGUUGAUCUUAAUUACAUUAAAUUGGAUCCCCUCUGACUUUGAUUAGGGGACCCUACGUGCAGUGUGGACCCAAUUACUUUCAUAGACCAACGAGUGGCUCCCUACGCAUACCAAUAGUCUGGGCCCAAAUGUAUUAAUGUGGGGCCCCUCUGACUUCGAUUAAAGGACUCACAGUGGGCCUAUGAGUAGUAUGGGUCCAUGCAAUUAUAUUAACUUUGGGCCCUCUGGCUUUAAUUAAGGGGCCCCUACGAGUAGUAUGGGUCCAAAUCCAAUUACAUUCACGUGGGGCCCUUUGGCAUUGACUAAGGGACCCUCAUAUACUGAUUUUGCCCCCAGUACGGCCCCAGCUCCACCCCAGAUUCAAUGCCUGUCUGCUCCCAUCCCCUCGCUAGUUACGCCACUGGGUCUUAUGACGUGGAAAGCAAUAUAUAUAUAUACAAAUGACAGCAAAGAAAGUGCAAAAUUUUAAUUCAAAUUCCAGUAUGAUCUCAAAAGGCUAGUAUAUGAAUGUAAAUGCACGAGGAAUUUUAUUGAUGAAAUAAAAUAAACACAAAUCCGGCCACAGUGGUUGUAAAAUAAUAAAUAACAUAAACACAUAAUAAUGGUAUUGUUUAUGCAGUAUAUGAAGUAGGUCACAAUAGCCUACAUACCGCUUUAUAUAUAUAUAUAUAUAUAUUUAUGUAUAGUGUUAUUAGCAAUUGGAAUUAGAUAAACAUGUGGAUGUACAUAUCGUUAGCUGUUUCAUAACUAUGAUAUCAUUUAACAAACAUAACUGGAAAAGGAGGCCACAGUUCAUCCCGAUGUUAGCCUUAGCCCUUUUUUGCUUCGUUAUCUUGCAGAUUAAGAUCAUCAGCUAAUAAACUCUUAGCUAAACGUACUUGGAAUAACUUUUACAACUGCUCAGUAACUAACGGAUCUAAAGCAAUGUCGAAAUCUAACGAUAUGGCAGAUUUAAGAUCCAGUGUUAUUGAAACAGUCGACAGAUAUGCCGUAGAAUUGAACAAUCUUAGUCAACAAAUAUGGAAAAAUCCAGAGCUGGGAUUUAAGGAAUAUUCAGCUCAUACUGUGCUCACGGAUUUUCUUGAGAAAGCCGGGUUUAAAGUUGAAAAACAUUAUAAAAUAGAAACUGCCUUUAAAGCAACUUUCGGUGACGUGGAUCCAUCGAAACCUCAUAUUGCUGUGAUAUGUGAAUAUGAUGCUCUGCCUGGGAUCGGUCAUGCCUGUGGACAUAAUCUAAUUGCGGAAGUUGGUAUUGCUGCAGGUCUUGGGAUCAAAGACAUUCUUGAAAAGUCAGAUACUAAAUUGGGACAGUUAACUGUAUUGGGUACCCCUGCUGAAGAGGGUGGAGGAGGUAAAAUUAUUUUAAUGAAACACGGCGCUUUUAAAACGUUUGAUGUUGCUAUGAUGGCUCAUCCAACACCUGCCACCGUUACUAAAAUACCAAUUUUAGCCAGAAGCAAAUUGAUGAUCAAAUAUAUUGGUAAAGCUUCACAUGCUGCAGGGUUUCCAUGGGAUGGAAUUAACGCUCUGGAUGCUGCCGUUCUCUGUUACCAAAAUAUAUCCUGUCUUAGACAACAAUUUAAACCAACAUGGAGAGUUCAUGGUGUUAUUACCAACGGUGGAGUUAAACCAAACAUCAUUCCCGAUCAAACAGAACUAGAAUACUCAGUGCGGGCACCAAAAGACUCGGAGCUAAAAAUUCUUGAGGCUAAAAUAGUGAAGUGUAUAGAAAGUGCUGCUCAAGCAACUGGUUGUAAGGUGGAAUAUGAGUUUGGUGAGCAUCCAUACAGUGCUAUGUUAUACAAUAAUACAUUAUGUGAAUUAUACGAGAAGAAUGCCUCAUCAGUUGGUGUUGAAUUUAGUAUGGAUGAAUCUAUAAAACAAAGUCCUCUAGGAUCAACUGAUAUGGGAAAUGUAUCAACAGUGGUACCAAGUAUCCAUCCUUGUUUUCAUAUGGGAACUCUAGCUGCUAAUCAUACAACGGACUUCACGACAGCUGCCGGUUCACCAGCAGCUCAGACUUUUACAUUACAGCAAGGUAAAGCUUUGGCUUUAACCGCUUUAGAUAUUUACCAAUCAACGGAUUUAUUACAGAAAAUAAAACAAGAUUUUAUCACCGAUACACAGAACGCGUGAAGUUAUUACAUAUUCUAUAGUCAAUCUGAUUAAAAUACAGAUCUAUAUUUCGUUUCGUUUUUUUUAUACUUUCGAUGGCCUACACUUCAUGAAGAUCUGACAAGUUAUAGCGAUAGGUCACGUCAGGGAUCAAAAGACCGACUUUUGACCUUAUGAUGUCAGACAUAUGAUUAAGCAAUCAGCAUUGAUGUUACUAGUGGAUUACCCACAGUUCCGUGCAAAACACGCCUAAAACUCGCCGUAACAGACCGUUUCAUUGGCUUAUCCCCGACACCAUUCAGAACACGAAUUAAAUAACAACUCUUCCAGAUCCUGGUGUAGUAAAGACAAAUUAAAACGAAAUUUUCAACCAUAAAAACGAAACGAAAUAGGAUCUGUGUUUUAACCAGAUUGAUUCUAUAGUAUAAAGUGACUAAAUAAAUUCUUACCAUAGUAUA